CCGAUUUGCCGGCAGCGCGCCUGCCCCCAAAAGGGUGGGAGUGUUCGGCUCACCUGGCCCCCUUGUGACCGCCGCUCUACGCAGUGUCUCAUGUCUUUUCGUGGCUUUUGUUCGAUCCGUCUUAGUUUGGUGCGUGCAUUUAAAUCUUUUGGAAAAAAUUUCAUACACACAUAUAGGGGGAAAAUAUUUACAUUUUAGCCCCCUCCAGCGGACGUUUAUCGUAAUAAAAAAGGGGUCCUAUUACUGUCAUCACCGUGGCUCCUGCUGAAAGACGAGGCUCCAGUAGCCCUCCAACUGCCAAUAUGCUUGUGCCGCCCGAUAUGUUAGCGGCUCAAUCCAAAAUGGUGUACCAACUCAACAAAUACUAUACAGAAAAAGUGCAAACGAGGAAACUAACAUCGGCCAAAACUAUACAAGAAGUUUGUCGUGUAGUGCAAGAUGUGUUAAAAGAAGUGGAAGUGCAAGAGCCCAGAUUCAUUUCGUCCCUUACAGAUUACAACGGCCGUUAUGAUGGAUUAGAAGUUGUAUCGCCAACUGAAUUCGAAGUGGUCAUUUAUCUAAAUCAAAUGGGUGUGUUGAAUUUUGUAGACGAUGGAACUUUGCCCGGUUGUGCAGUGUUGAAACUAAGCGACGGCCGUAAACGCUCCAUGUCUCUGUGGGUAGAAUUCAUUACAGCUUCUGGAUAUUUAUCAGCUAGAAAGAUGCGUUCCAGAUUCCAAACUCUAGUAGCCCAAGCGUGCGAUAAAUGUUCCUACAGAGAUUCAGUUAAAAUGAUUGCUGAUACAACUGAAGUAAAACUCAGAAUCCGUGAACGAUUUGUUGUACAAAUAACUCCAGCGUUUAAGUGUACAGGAUUAUGGCCCAGAUCAGCUGCCCACUGGCCUCUACCGCAAAUACCCUGGCCGCAUCCCAAUUUGGUUGUAGAAGUUAAAACUGAAGGAUUUGACUUGUUAUCCAAAGAAUGUAUCGCUCUACAAGGCAAACAAUCAGCUAUGGAAGGUGACGCUUGGGUUUUGUCAUUUCUCGAAGCUGAAAAUCGACUUUUACAAGGAGGCUGCAGAAGACGGUGCCUUAGUAUACUGAAAACUUUAAGAGAUCGUCAUUUGGAUUUACCAGGUAAUCCUGUUACAGGUUACCACAUGAAAACGCUUUUGCUUUAUGAAUGUGAAAAGCACCCGAGGGAAACAGAGUGGGACGAAGCUUGCAUCGCUGAUAGAAUAAACGGGAUAUUUUUGCAACUGAUAUCUUGUCUGCAGUGCAGACGGUGUCCGCACUAUUUCCUGCCGAAUUUGGACUUGUUCAAAGGCAAAUCGCCCAGUGCUUUGGAAAAUGCUGCCAAACAAGUGUGGAGACUCACUAGGGAAAUGUUAACAAAUUCGCGGUGUUUUGAAAAAUUGUGAGUAUUUAAAUGUUUGCCGUCGCAUAUCGUACUAAACAAAACUUUUGCAUACCUAUAGAGAAAUUUAUCAAACUUGACUGUGAUGUUUUAGUAUAUAGACUGCUUUAAUAUUGUAUUUUUUAAAUAUUAUUGUAUCGUAUUUUUGUAUAUUAUGUUAAUAAAACGUGAUGUAAUAUUGAAAGGGGUGUGUUUGAUUUUUUUAUUUUAGAAUAUACAGAGCGAUUUGGGCUAAGAGUUUUCUAAU